CUUAAAUCUGCACUGAAGAAGAAGUUCCAGUGUGUGUUUGAGGGCAUCGCUAAAGCAGGAAACCCAACCCUUCUGAAUCAGAUCUUCACAGAGCUCUACAUCACAGAGGGAGGGACUGCAGAGGUCAAUGAUGAACAUGAGGUCAGACAGAUUGAAACAGCAUCCAGGAAACCAGACAGACCAAAAACACCAAUCACACAAGAAGACAUCUUUAAAGCCUCACCUGGAAGAGAUGAACCAAUCAGAACAGUGCUGACAAAGGGAGUGGCUGGCAUUGGGAAAACAGUCUUAACACAGAAAUACACCCUGGACUGGGCUGAAGACAAAGCCAACCAGGACAUCCAGUUCAUAUUUCCAUUCACUUUCAGAGAGCUGAAUGUGCUGAAAGAGGAAAAGUUCAGCUUGGUGGAACUUGUUCAUCACUUCUUUACUGAAACCAAAGAAGCAGGAAUCUGCAGCUUUGAAGACUUCCAGGUUGUGUUCAUCUUUGAUGGUCUGGAUGAGUGUCGACUUCCUCUGGACUUCCACAAAACUACAAUCCUAACUGACCCUAGAAAGUCCACCUCAGUGGAUGUGCUGCUAAUAAACCUCAUCAGGGGGAAAUUGCUUCCCUCUGCUCACCUCUGGAUAACCACACGACCUGCAGCAGCCAAUCAGAUCCCUCCUCAGUGUGUCGACAUGGUGACAGAGGUCAGAGGGUUCACUGACCCACAGAAGGAGGAGUACUUCAGGAAGAGAUUCACAGAUGAGGAGCAGGCCAGCAGGAUCAUCUCCCACAUCAAGACAUCACGAAGCCUCCACAUCAUGUGCCACAUCCCAGUCUUCUGCUGGAUCACUGCUACAGUUCUAGAGGAUGUGCUGGAAACCAGAGAGGGAGGACAGCUGCCCAAGACCCUGACUGAGAUGUACAUCCACUUCCUGGUGGUUCAGGCCAAAGUGAAGAAGGUCAAGUAUGAUGGAGGAGCUGAGACAGAUCCACUCUGGAGUCCAGAGAGCAGGAAGAUGAUUAAGUCUCUGGGAAAACUGGCUUUUGAUCAGCUGCAGAAAGGAAACCUGAUCUUCUAUGAAUCAGACCUGACAGAGUGUGGCAUCGAUAUCAGAGCAGCCUCAGUGUACUCAGGAGUGUUCACACAGAUCUUUAAAGAGGAGAGAGGACUGUACCAGGACAAGGUGUUCUGCUUCAUCCAUCUGAGUGUUCAGGAGUUUCUGGCUGCUCUUCAUGUCCAUCUGACCUUCAUCAACUCUGGACUCAAUCUGCUGGAAGACCAACAAUCAACCUCCAAGAUAUUUAAGCGAAGAAAUUCUUUUGAGAGAAAGGUUUUAUUCCAGGGUGCUGUGAACAAGGCCUUACAGAGUCCAAAUGGACACUUGGACUUGUUCCUCCGCUUCCUCCUGGGUCUUUCACUGCAGACCAAUCAGACCCUCCUACGAGGUCUGAUGACACAGACAGGAAGUAGCUCACUGACCAAUCAGGAAACAGUCCAGUACAUCAAGAAGAAGCUCAGUGAGAAUCAGUCUGCAGAGAAAAGCAUUAAUCUGUUCCACUGUCUGAAUGAACUGAAUGAUCGUUCUCUAGUGGAGGAGAUCCAACAGUCCCUGAGAUCAGGAAGUCUUUCCACAGAUAAACUGUCUCCUGCUCAGUGGUCAGCUCUGGUCUUCAUCUUAUUGUCAUCAGAAGAAGAUCUGGAUGUGUUUGACCUGAAGAAAUACUCUGCUUCAGAGGAGGCUCUUCUGAGGCUGCUGCCAGUGGUCAAAGCCUCCAAAAAAGCUCUGUAA